CGCCCUCCCCUCCCUGUCGCGGCUCGGCUCGGCUCAGGUCACUUUGACAAGCUCGCGCUCGCUCUCCUCCCUCUUCGCCGCGCAAUUAGCAUAUUAAUCAGCCCCCGGAUCGGAUUCGGAGGCGAUCGGAGCGCAUCGUCUCGCGCGGCGAGGCCAACGCAGCAACAGCCCAACCCUGUAGGCGCCGACGGGCACCGAGAGGGAGAGCGGGAGAGAAAGAGAAGCAUCGGGCUGCCCCGCUUGCUGCGGCUCCUGCGCUUCCCUGCGGGGAGGCCCCGCGGUCGAGGGGGGGGGCCUUGCUCAAGGGCUGGGCCGGGGUCUUUCUCAGGGCGGCGGAUGCCAGGGCCCCGCCGAGCGGGCACGUCGCACCUCCCCUGCGCCAGGCCGGGCAUGUGAAGAUGUCAGUGGGCUGUGCGUGCCCAGGCUGUUCCUCUAAGUCAUUCAAGCUGUACUCUCCAAAGGAGCCCCCAAACGGCAACGCCUUCCCUCCCUUCCACCCGGGCACUAUGCUGGAUCGAGAUGUGGGACCGACUCCUAUGUAUCCACCAACAUACCUGGAGCCUGGAAUUGGGAGGCACACACCAUAUGGCAACCAGACUGACUACAGGAUAUUUGAGCUCAAUAAACGGCUGCAAAACUGGACAGAGGAAUGUGACAAUCUGUGGUGGGAUGCCUUCACCACUGAGUUCUUUGAAGAUGAUGCCAUGUUAACAAUCACUUUCUGUCUGGAAGAUGGACCAAAGAGAUACACAAUUGGCCGCACCCUGAUUCCUCGCUACUUCCGCAGUAUCUUUGAAGGGGGUGCUACUGAGCUGUACUAUGUCCUGAAGCACCCCAAGGAGUCCUUCCACAAUAACUUUGUCUCACUUGACUGUGACCAGUGCACUAUGGUCACUCAGCACGGCAAGCCCAUGUUCACACAGGUGUGUGUGGAAGGUCGCCUUUACCUGGAGUUCAUGUUUGAUGACAUGAUGAGGAUAAAGACGUGGCACUUCAGCAUCCGGCAACACCGGGAGCUCAUUCCCCGCAGCAUCCUUGCCAUGCAUGCACAAGACCCCCAGAUGCUGGACCAGUUGUCCAAGAACAUCACCCGUUGUGGACUUUCAAACUCCACACUCAACUACCUCCGACUUUGCGUAAUCCUAGAACCAAUGCAGGAGUUGAUGUCACGGCACAAGACCUACAGCCUCAGCCCCCGAGACUGCCUCAAGACAUGUCUCUUCCAGAAGUGGCAGCGUAUGGUGGCACCACCUGCUGAGCCUGCACGUCAGCAGCCUAGCAAACGCCGGAAAAGGAAGAUGUCAGGGGGCAGCACCAUGAGCUCUGGUGGUGGCAACACAAAUAACAGCAACAGUAAGAAGAAGAGUCCAGCCAGCACCUUUGCUCUCUCCAGUCAGGUACCUGAUGUGAUGGUGGUAGGCGAGCCGACUUUGAUGGGCGGGGAGUUUGGCGACGAGGAUGAGCGCCUUAUCACACGGCUGGAGAACACACAGUUCGACGCUGCCAAUGGCAUUGAUGAUGAGGACAGCUUCAACAACUCUCCCGCAUUGGGCGCCAAUAGUCCCUGGAACAGCAAGCCCCCCUCCAGUCAGGAGAGCAAGUCUGAAAAUCCUACGUCGCAAGCAUCACAGUAAAGCCCCCACCCACUGCCCAGCCUGGCCUUGACAGGACUUGGCUGGUGCCCCCCACGGACUGAGUCGAAACCGUUCUACCUGGACAUUUGUGAAGAAGAGUGGCUGGCUGGCAAGGUAGCAGGGCUGAUGGGCACUGCAGUCUGCCCACCUACCUGCCUCCAGUCUGCCUGACCACCACUCCCUGCUGUCUGCACUCUUUGCUGUGCCCCUUAGGGCAGACUUGGGGCACUGAGACCUGAUGGAGCUUUGAUCUCACUCUAGCUCAAGCAGAAUUUUAAUCCAUUCUCCCCCCUCCCCCUUGCCCCACAUAGCCACAGCCCUGGAUGCCAUAAGCUACACUCAUGUGGAAUGGGGUACCAUGUUCAGUACAUAUGCAGCUCCUCAGCACCUGGUCACCUUGCCUGAUUUGGCAAGAGAUGGGCCAAGUGCUUAAACUGGUUUGACAGAAUGUCUACCUGAGCACAUUUUAUCUUUCUUGUUCCAUAAUCAACCUCAAGAGGGCUCCCUUCCAGCAAGAGAGUCUGCCAACAAUGUGCUGACAACUCUAUGACUCACAAUGGGGGCAGCUAAGAUUUUGUGGGACAGGUCUCACGCAGUCCCUGCUGGCAGCUGUAGGUUUGGCAGGGCAAGUAUUUUUGUUCUGCCUGAAGAACCCAGAAAACCAGGGUGGGAGCAGGUAGAGUUGGGGGUUUACCACCUCCUGGAAUGUGGUUAGAAAACCACCAUGCAGUCACAGGGGAUGGGCAUAUGUCCCUUCUAGUCUGAUCUUUGAGUUGUAGGACCAUCCUGCUACCCAACUGACUCCUGCAGAAAACUGCUAUCUUGACCCCCUCCCAGUACUUGGUUUUUUUAAAAAAAAUAUUAUUAAAAUUGUAAGUUAAAAAAAAGAAAAAACAGCAAAUCUGCCCUCCCUCCCUAUUUUCCCCCAAUCCUGAUUUUUGUACAGGCUUGUCUACCAAUUUGGGAGUCUUGGUUUUUAUAUACAGUUCUGAGAGCUUCAAACCAAGGAGAGACUUUGCAGACUUCCUUUAUACACCCUUUGGGGACAGCAUGGCUGCCCCACUUGCCCCCUCUGUGUAACUCGUGUGUGCUGCUGUCCCUGCUCCCCCCUUCUCUACCACCCCCCCUUUCGGGUUUGUGUACCUUGUGCUUGUAUAUUUCCGCGCUGUAGGCCGUGUGUAUGAUACUGUUUUUCACUGUGUUCUCACUAAUGCAGCCGCUCCCAUCAGUUGUUGGGGGAGUUCAUGCUGAUGGGCAUCCUUCUUGGAAGGCAGGAGAGUUUAGAGUACUGUCACCAGUUUUACAGCAGCAGGACAAAUUGCGGAACAGGGCUAAUGACAGGGUCCCUUAGGAAGUAUAGUCUGGGGAUCCUGGUCCCCGUUCCCCAUGGUCUCCAGUGUUUGAAUUUCAUUUAUGAUCUUUCACCUGCAUUUUGUGCUCCCAGUUUUGUCCUGUGUUCCUUGGAGAGAGGAUUCCCUCAUGUCACAUAGGCCUCAAAGAAAUCACACAUGGGGCACUUUCCCCCCAUUUUGAUAAUGGCGUACGGAAUACUAUGAGGUAUUUUGGUUACCUCAUGACGUAGGCUGGUUGUGAGCCUGGUGGCAUUUAGGGGACACAGUCUGGACUGUCAUGGCAAGUACCCCUUUGCCUUAUUGAGGCUGUUUCUCCAAGAUGAUGCAAGGGUGUUCUCCUUAGCCAUCCUUUUGCCCUAGAGCUGCUGUUCUGGCCCAUUAUUUCAGAGUGGUCUGUUCACCACUGAGGCAUAGCUUUUCUUCUGAAUCCCAGAAAUUCUUCUUUCCCCUGGAGGAACCCAACUGGGUCAACAUGAAAUAAGUUCAUGGGGGGCUAGUCACUUUUAUGUUACUGGGCCUGGACACUCCAUCCUGCUCCAUUCCCAGGAGCAGGCAGUACAAUAGUCAGUACUAUAAUUUACAGGAUGUUUUCUGUAUCUUUUUUGUACCUAAAGAUAUGAGUGUCACGUCUCCCAUUGCUGUGGCUCGGCAUGAAUUGGUGACGUGUACUCCAUCCCCUCUCCCCACCUUUGCUCUUCCCACCUACCCCCCCCCCCAACCCCGGGGCACUGUAAAGCCUUUUUUUUUUUUUUGCAUAGUUUGUGCCAUUUAUGGUCAUGUAUGGUACCAAUAAAACAACUUUUCGGUUUGG